AAGGUCAAGGCCGGCAGGGCAUCACAGAAAACGCCAGCAAGAUGGAUGGCCCCAGCAAUGUCACACUCAUUCCCAGUGACACCACACUGGGCCUGCCAGAGUACAAGGUGGUCUCAGUCUUCCUGGUCCUUCUGGUGUGCACCGUGGGCAUCGUGGGCAAUGCCAUGGUGGUUCUGGUGGUGCUGACCUCACGUGACAUGCAUACACCCACCAACUGCUACCUGGUCAGCCUGGCUCUCGCUGACCUCAUUGUGCUGCUGCCUGCGGGGCUGCCCAAUGUCUCUGACAGCCUGGCGGGGCACUGGAUCUACGGACACGCUGGCUGCUUGGGCAUCACCUACUUCCAGUACCUAGGCAUCAAUGUCUCCUCCUGCUCCAUCCUGGCCUUCACUGUGGAGAGGUACAUUGCCAUUUGCCACCCAAUGAGAGCACAGACCGUGUGCACUGUGGCCCGGGCCAGACGGAUCAUCGCGGGCAUUUGGGGGGUCACGUCCCUCUAUUGCUUACUCUGGUUUUUCCUGGUGGACCUCAAUGUCCGUGACAAUCAGCGCCUGGAAUGUGGCUAUAAGGUGUCCCGAGGCCUCUACCUGCCCAUCUACCUGCUGGACUUCGCUGUCUUCUUCAUCGCACCCUUGCUGGGGACCCUCGUGCUCUAUGGGUUCAUCGGGAGGAUCUUAUUUCAGAGCUCAUUGUCCCAGGAGGCCUGGCAGAAGGAGAGGCAGCCCCAUGGGCAGAGCGAGGGUACACCAGGCAACUGCUCUAGGUCCAAGAGCUCCAUGUCCUCCAGGAAACAGGCCACCAGGAUGCUGGCCGUGGUUGUGUUGUUGUUUGCAGUGCUCUGGACCCCCUACCGCACAUUGGUCCUGCUCAAUUCCUUCCUGGCCCGUCCUUUCCUGGACCCCUGGGUCCUGCUGUUCUGUCGCACCUGUGUCUACACCAACAGCGCCAUCAACCCUGUCAUCUACAGCCUCAUGUCGCAGAAGUUCCGGACGGCCUUCCUGAAACUGUGCUGGUGCCGGGCAGCUGGGCCCCAGAGGUGUGCAGCAAGCGUUCCCAUCAGCAACUACAGUGCUGCUGCCCAGGAGACCUCACUAGGAACUGAGAAGUUGCAGCCAAGCUCCCAUGAGGUCUCAGGUCCGACAGCAGCUGCUUCCCUGCAUUGCCAGCAGGAGCCCCACUUCAGUGUGCUCUGAGGACGCCUGCCUGGCCCCUGACUCCACUCCCCUGGUUGGCAUCUGCUCUGAGCACUGGCGGGCCAUCAGGAGAGGGGCAGGCAGCUCCUUGCUUCUGGGUCUCCAGAGGUUCCUUUACCGUGAAGGAGGACUCUGGAACGCUCU